GUUAAAGUACGCCACUCCCGAUCUAAAUAAACUACCAGUAAUAAAGUACGGCGUAAGAAUCAGAGGAACCAAACAGCUUAUGCUAAACACAAUCAAGCACGGGAAAGAAGGGAAUCAAGACGGCAACGGGCAACCCAACGACGACGAACUGACGGACUGCGAGUUGGCUACCACCCUCGGCCCUUCUUCCAAUUUCAGACUGAAUCUCUGGUGCUGCCAUCUCCAUCUUGCAGACAAUUGUAAUGGAUGGGUCGAGGACUUUGCAGAUCAACCCCAUCAGAGCAUUUUAUAAGCAAAAGAAUCAUGGUUUCGUUUCUGCAUUUACUCCAAUAGUCUCGAGAAGUGUUUAUUGGAAAUCAACUUGGAUGAGUCAAAAUCCCAAGUCUGAGAUUUCGGUUUUAGCUUCAAUCCGGCCUAUUGAAGCCUCACAAAAACCCAGUUUUGGCAAUAUAUUACCAUCUAAAGAGGUGCUUGAUAUUUGGCAGAAUGCAAAUGCUGUGUGCUUUGAUGUGGAUAGCACAGUUUGUAUAGAUGAGGGCAUAGAUGAACUUGCUGAAUUCUGUGGAGCUGGGAAAGCUGUAGCAGAUUGGACUGCUAGGGCAAUGAGUGGGUCUGUUCCCUUUGAGGAAGCCUUGGCUGCCAGGUUAUCUCUAUUCAACCCUUCGUUGUCACAAGUUCAAAGUUUCUUAGAGAAGAAGCCUCCAAGGUUGUCUCCUGGGAUUGAUGAAUUGGUCAGCCUACUGAAGAAUAGAAAAAGGGAAAUUUAUCUUAUUUCUGGAGGGUUUCGUCAAAUGAUCAAUCCUGUUGCUUCCAUCCUUGGAAUACCAAGUAAAAACAUUUUUGCCAAUGAACUUCUAUUUGAAAGUUCCGGGAAAUUUAUUGGGUUUGACAAAAAUGAGCUCACUUCAAGGAGUGGUGGGAAAGCCACUGCAGUUCGGCAGAUACGAAAGGAUCAUGGAUACAAGUCACUAGUCAUGAUUGGUGAUGGUGCUACAGACCUUGAGGCUCGUCAGCCUGGAGGUGCAGACUUGUAUAUCUGCUACGGUGGAGUUCACCUUCGAGAAUCUGUUGCAGUCAAAGCUGAUUGGCUGGUCUUCGACUUUAAGGAGUUGAUCAGCUCAUUGGAAUAGAGUCAAUCCUGUCGUGCCUUAGUUGCACUCUCCUCUGCUUGAUAUCCAAAUUUGUUUCGGACUUUUCUGAAGAAAGAAUAAAUACAAGUCUUCUAUAUGUUCUUGAUUGAUUGGAGCAUCAACAUUCUUUGAAGGCAAUUGAUUGAAUCUGCUGAAUUAUGAAAAAAUAAUAUGUAAAAAGGCUAAAAUGACCAUUAUCAACAACUUAUGUUAUAUUUUCCAUGUUUUUCUGUUAUGGCAUCUGUCUUGACUACAUAAUGGCUAGUAUUCUUCUUGAUGAAUUGCAUCUCCCUGCAUAGUGCAAAUGGGUUAUGCCUUAUGCCUAUCAACGCGUUGUGAAGUAGGAGAAGCGGUGAAUGCUGACUAUGAACACAAUUUAUUGGUCUUGACAGUCGUUGCUAGAACUUGAAUUCCUCCCGAUUCGGAUUCUGGAAGAUUUUAAUGGAGUUUGGAAUUCCGUCAGAAUUCAGAUGUCCCCAAUUUGGAUUUCUAUGGAAUCCAUGAAAAUAAGUGUGUCCUCAAAUAUUACGUGGAUUUCUAUUAUUACUUAUUUGCACGGAUUUUAAUGGAUUUCGAUGGAUUUCUAUAUACAAAAACAAUCUGCUACAAUCCUGUAGACUUCCAUUGGAUUUCAAAAUUCAUGAUCUUUUAAAA